UAGGCAUAGAAACUGUGACUUAUUUUGUUGAAUAAUCUCGUGGACUACAGGACUCUCAGUGAUAUUGCAAUUAUGUCGGUUGAUCUAGAGUAGCGUCUGAAUUAUUUGUAGUAUUCGCUACUAUUUUGGUCGAUUCAGACUCAAAGCUAACGAAUAGGGUCCCGGAAUAGUAUACUAGUGGAGAUCACUAUUACUAGCCUGCAAGGCAACGUCUGAAUGUCACAAUGAGUGGCUUCUCCUUCUGGGCUUCCAAUGAACCUUGUGAAGCUGUGAAGACCGAUCACUGGGCCAAGCAACGAGCAAAGACAUAUUCACUAGUAGCUCUACCAACCGGAGGUGUUCUACCGCUAUGUAUGCCACAGAUACCUACAGCAAGUCAGAAUGCUUCCAGGAACACUCCAAACUCACGCCAUGUGGAAUUUAAUGCUUCAGUGCAAAUGCCACCUCCCCACGAGAGGACUCCAUGGACGUCACAUUCAGCAACGGUCACAGAGCACACACAGCCGCAGUCACAGAUGAAGUAUAUCUCGCCAUACAGUCAAGAAGCUAUGCGGCGCAGAAGCAAUGCAGCAAGGCGGCAGUCCAUGCCAUCAGCAGGAUCGGACUUGUUUCAAAGGUAUAUGAGUCAUGAGCUUGGCGCCACCCUGCCAGAAGUAGAUUCACGGCCUCUCGUGGCACGUCAGCAUCACAGAACUCAAUCAGCUCCCGCUAACGGCACCGGUGGAAAACGUGGUGUGAUGCAAUCGGAGUACAACGAACGUGCAAAGCAAGGUUAUCGCUAUUGGUAUGAAGAUAAACCACGGCGCACGUCAAAAAGUUCCAAGUACACGAUGGGAACUCAUGGUACAGUCAUUGGUAUUGGGAAGACCUCGACCUUUUGAGGAGCACAGUUGACACUGCCAGUUUGUGACGUUAAUCUUCACCUUCUCGGACACAUGGAACAGUGCUUCAACCGGAACGAUGUCAUUUCUGACACAUGGAAUAGUGCAUCAAUUCGGAUGAUGUCAUGAAGCCAUCAGAUAGCAGUGUGCUUCUAGAUCCUCAUCAAUUCGGAUGAUGUCAUGAAGCCACCAGAUAGCAGUGUGCUUCUAGAUCCUCUAGUUCUCACAUCAUAGGGUUUUCUUCUUCGGGUGAAACAUUACUUGAAGUCGUGAAGUCGUGAAAAUGUGUUGACAGAACGCAGAGUGUAGUACCGGAAACCUACACUGGUACUAUUUCAUUAAUGCAUUGGACGGUUGUACCGCUCAAGUAGUGUGCUACCAUGGUGUCCAUGCAGUGAAACAGCAAUUAUACCAUGGCCAGAGCGAUGGGUUUCUUUUCAUGUUUCUGAUUAAAUUGCUACAAUAUUAUGAUAUUGAACCCUUUUGAAAAGUACAUGAUUGUAUCUUCCAUCUGAUUGAUAUCAAUUUGGAAUAUGCCUUAGUACUGUACUGGAGAUAUUCUGCUUUAUAUGAAACGAAGAUAUUAUGAAGAACCUA